GGCCAAAACGUCAAAACUUAAGUGACAUCAUCCGUCAUUAUUUCUAUUUAUAAUUCCGUCAUUUCUGUCUAAUCAACUUUCGAUUUUGUGAAUAAAGUGAAUUUUUGUUUCUACUGGCACUAAAAUCUCUUGUUAUUUUAAAAUUACGUUAAUAGUUGAUGAAGAUAGCUUAAUCAAAUAUGUCUGUGAAUAUACCUGAGUGUCCAGCAAGCUUGAAGUCAAUUCAACAUUACCUGAAGACUGCUGCAGAACAUGAUACUAGAGAUCCAGUUGUGGCUUAUUGGUGUAGACUUCAUGCAUUACAAGUGGGACUGAAAAUUGCUAAUAAGAAAACCCCAGAAGAAACGAAAUUAUUGAUGGGUUUGAUGGAUUGGUUAGAAGAAGCUAAGAAAACGUAUCGAGAAAAUGAAGCAAUUACUAAUGAAGUAGCAGCACAAGCCCACCUUGAAAAUUAUGCAUUGAAGUUGUUUUUGUAUGCUGAUAAACAAGAUAGAGAACAAAAUUAUGGAAAAAAUAUUGUAAAAGCUUUCUACACGGCCGGAAUGAUUUAUGAUGUCCUGACUACAUUUGGCGAGCUCACUGAUGAAGCUACCCAAAAUAGAAAGUAUGCCAAGUGGAAGGCUGCUUACAUCCAUAACUGCCUGAAAAAUGGAGAGACUCCCGUUCCAGGACCAAUGCAGUCAGAACAGGGUGAUGAAAAUGCUGAACAACCUACUAGUGACGGUUUACCUGCACCUGCACCCGCACCCGCACCUGCUCCCACAGAUUUGCCUCAAGUACCGGGAUUUACUACUGUGACUCCAGCAACCCCACCAGUGGCCCCAUCAAGCUUCAAUAGUUUUCUGCCCGAUCCUAAUGCUGCAAUGAGAGCAGCUUCCCAACUUCCACCAGUACCAUAUACUCCUGACCCAAACCCUGGCGGGUUUGUCCCUUACGAUCCAUCACAGCAACAACUACAACCAGAACCAACACCUACUAAUUUAUAUGGCGACAAUAGAAUUGCUCAGCUGUCCCCAGAUCAAAUUGCUAAAGCUCAGAAAUAUUGUAAAUGGGCAAGCAGUGCACUCAACUAUGAUGAUAUUAAGACUGCUGUAGGCAAUCUUAAAAAUGCUUUGGAAUUAUUGCAAACAGGCCGUGAUCCUGCUUGAAUAAUUGCAGUUCAUAUUGUGAUAUAUACUGUUUGUAUAAAUUGUUUCAUUUUUAUUGUUUGCUUUAUCAAGUAUGUUGGAGGCAAUAUUGAAUACUUAUCAACGUUAUUAUUAUACAAUUGAUCAAUAUUUUAUAGUAUUGCACGAAUUAAUCAUUGAAUAUAAGGCAGCUAUAAAAUUUUACUUUUUUGAAACUGAUUGUCGGAAGUGAACAUUGAUUUCAAAGAUAAACAGUGUCGACCCACCUGCUGCCUUACUCUGUAUACUUCUAUAUUUUAAGCAUUAUCUUUCGGAUUUUAAUUUAGUACAAUCCAAUACAGGUUUUAUUUUAAUUUGGCUAAAAAUAGGUAUUACGUGCAUUUUAUAUACACAUUUGGAUUUUUCUAUAUUCGCUAGUUCUAGUAGUCAUUACAUGCAAAUAGCUGUUUAAAACGUGUUUGCAAGAUAUUAUGAAUCUGUUUAAAAUAAAAUAAUAAGUGAUAACAAAUAUAUUAUAGCCUGUUACUGAACAACGGAAUUUAUUUAUCCUACUAUAAUUAAAAUAUGUAAUUUAUAAA